AAUUGUUUUAGCACCAACCAAACGUCGGCCACGGAUGCUUAUGCUCACGGAAAAUAGCUACAGAGGAGAAUUUAAACUAUUUUGACAAUAAGCUACCAAUCUCUGGACCUCUCGCAAGUCGCAAUGGCGUCUCUCGAUUCUCCUCUCUUGAUGAAACUCAUCCUCUUCUUUUUAUCUACUUUUGUUGUCACUUACGUGAGCUCUGAAACAAAGUGCCGGGAAUUCAAAUCGAUCAUCAGUUUCGGAGAUUCAGUUUCCGACACUGGAAACUUUCUUGGUCUCUCUGAUCCUAACAAUCUCCCUCACUUUGCGUUUCUACCGUAUGGAGAGACCUUUUUCCACCAUCCCACAGGUCGUUUCUCAAACGGCCGUCUCAUUAUCGAUUUCAUCGCUGAAUUCUUGAGUUUACCACUUGUGCCUCCAUUUUAUGGAUCUCAAAAUGCAAACUUUGAGAAGGGUGUUAAUUUUGCGGUAGCGGGAGCAACAGCACUGGAACAUUCUUUUCUUGAAGAGAGAGGAAUUGACUUUUUUAACACCAACGUUAGUCUAGCCGUUCAGCUUAGUAGCUUCAAAGAGAGUUUGCCUAACUUGUGUGGUUCUCCUUCAGACUGCACAGAUAUGAUGGAAAAUGCUUUAAUUCUCAUGGGAGAAAUUGGAUUGAAUGACUAUUUUUACCUAUUCUUUGUGGGGAAAAGCAUUCAAGAGGUCAAGGAGUUGAUACCCCUGGUUAUAACUACUGUCUCUUCUGCGAUCACGGAGUUAAUCGGUAUGGGUGGGAAAACAUUUCUGGUGCCCGGAGAGUUCCCUAUGGGAUGCUUAGUAGCCUAUUUGACAUUAUAUCAAACAUCAAACAAAGAGGAAUAUGAUCCUCUGACAGGAUGUUUGACAUGGCUGAACAAGUUUGGAGAAAACCACGAUGGGCAGCUUCGAGCAGAACUCAACAGACUCCAAAAGUUGUACCCUCAUGUCAAUAUCAUAUAUGCUGACUACUACAACGCGUUGUUGCGCUUUUAUCAAGAACCAGCCAAAUUCGGAUUCAUGGACAGACCCUUGUCCGCUUGCUGCGGCGUAGGAGGACCUUACAACUAUACUUCAGUUACGCAAUGUGGCACUGAUGUAGUUGAAGGUUGUAGUGAUCCUUCAAAGUAUGUUGCUUGGGACGGUGUUCAUAUGACUGAGGCUGCGUACAGAUUGAUCUCCGAUGGUAUACUAAAGGGUCCAUAUGCGGUUCCUCCAUUCGAUUGGUCUUGCCUCAGCUUCGAAAUUAAGGAUAAUGGGUCAUCUGACACAAAGAAUUAUUUGUUGAACAAUUGAUAUAAGUUGGUCAUAAAAAUUGUGAGAAGGGUUAUUGAUAAUACCAUGUAUGGUUGGUUUUUCAACCAGAAAAUUCUAAACUUGUGUAGUCUCCCUAAGUCCAAAAGUAGCUUUUUAGUAAACCUUGUUUACUCUGAUUACUCA